UGCUCGGCGCGAGAGGCUGAGGCGGCCACGGCGUUGGCAGAACUGCAGAGCUUCGGGGUCCACCUGACCCUUAUCCUCAGCCCGGGAAGUAACCAAUGUGAAACAUGUUGCAGAAACAUUUAAGAAGUGGCUGAACGGGGAAGGAAAAAAGUGCCACUGCCUAUCAAAAAAAAACAAAAGAAAACAUGGGAAAUACAACCACCAAAUUCCGUAAAGCACUUAUCAAUGGUGAUGAAAACCUGGCCUGCCAAAUAUAUGAAAACAACCCUCAACUAAAAGAAUCCCUUGAUCCAAAUAUAUCUUAUGGAGAGCCCUACCAGCACAAUACUCCGUUACACUAUGCUGCUAGACAUGGAAUGAAUAGAAUACUAGGGACUUUUCUUUUUGGUAGAGAUGGAAAUCCAAAUAAACGGAAUGUGCACAAUGAAACAUCUAUGCAUUUGUUGUGUAUGGGACCUCAAAUUAUGAUAUCUGAAGGAGCCCUUCAUCCUCGCUUAGCACGCCCGGCAGAAGAUGAUUUCAGAAGAGCAGAUUGUCUGCAGAUGAUCUUAAGAUGGAAAGGAGCAAAACUUGACCAAGGCGAAUAUGAGAGAGCAGCUAUUGAUGCUGUUGAUAACAAAAAAAACACACCCCUACACUAUGCUGCUGCCUCAGGGAUGAAAACCUGUGUAGAGCUUUUAGUAAAACACGGAGGAGACUUGUUUGCUGAGAAUGAGAAUAAAGAUACUCCUUGUGAUUGUGCUGAAAAGCAGCACCACAAAGAUUUGGCCCUCAAUCUGGAAUCACAAAUGGUAUUCUCACGAGAUCCUGAAGCUGAAGAAAUAGAAGCUGAAUAUGCUGCGUUAGACAAACGAGAGCCAUAUGAAGGAUUAAGGCCUCAAGAUCUUCGUAGAUUGAAAGAUAUGCUUAUUGUGGAAACUGCAGACAUGCUUCAGGCUCCACUGUUUACUGCUGAAGCUUUACUUCGAGCUCAUGACUGGGACAGGGAGAAAUUACUUGAGGCUUGGAUGUCCAACCCAGAGAACUGCUGCCAACGAUCAGGUGUUCAAAUGCCAACUCCACCACCGAGCGGGUAUAAUGCCUGGGAUACGCUCCCUUCUCCAAGAACUCCAAGGACUACACGUUCUUCUGUCACCUCUCCAGAUGAAAUAAGUUUAUCUCCUGGGGAUUUGGACACCAGUUUGUGUGACAUUUGUAUGUGCAGUAUUUCUGUAUUUGAAGACCCAGUGGAUAUGCCCUGUGGACAUGACUUUUGUAGAGGAUGUUGGGAGUCAUUUUUGAAUCUGAAAAUUCAAGAAGGUGAAGCUCACAACAUUUUCUGCCCUGCAUAUGAUUGCUUCCAACUUGUGCCUGUGGAUAUCAUAGAAAGUGUAGUUUCUAAGGAGAUGGACAAACGAUACCUACAGUUUGAUAUUAAGGCCUUUGUUGAAAAUAAUCCUGCCAUUAAAUGGUGUCCUACUCCAGGCUGUGAAAGAGCAGUCAGACUUACAAAACAAGGGUCAAAUACAUCUGGGUCUGAUACACUCAGCUUUCCCUUGCUCAGAGCUCCUGCUGUGGACUGUGGAAAAGGACACCUCUUCUGCUGGGAGUGCCUUGGUGAAGCACAUGAGCCUUGUGACUGCCAAACAUGGAAAAAUUGGCUACAAAAAAUAACUGAAAUGAAACCAGAAGAACUUGUAGGAGUUAGUGAAGCUUAUGAGGAUGCUGCCAAUUGUCUCUGGUUGUUAACGAACUCCAAGCCUUGUGCUAACUGUAAGUCUCCGAUACAGAAGAAUGAGGGAUGCAAUCACAUGCAGUGUGCCAAGUGCAAGUAUGACUUUUGCUGGAUUUGCCUAGAAGAAUGGAAAAAACAUAGUUCUUCCACAGGAGGUUAUUACAGAUGUACUCGCUAUGAAGUCAUUCAACAUGUGGAGGAGCAAUCCAAGGAAAUGACUGUGGAGGCUGAGAAAAAACACAAACGAUUUCAGGAACUUGACAGAUUUAUGCACUACUAUACAAGAUUUAAAAACCAUGAGCAUAGCUAUCAGUUAGAACAACGCCUUCUUAAAACAGCCAAAGAAAAGAUGGAGCAAUUGAGUAGAGCUCUCAAAGAAACUGAAGGAGGCUGUCCAGAUACCACUUUCAUUGAAGAUGCAGUUCAUGUGCUCUUAAAAACUCGACGCAUUCUCAAGUGUUCUUAUCCAUACGGAUUUUUCUUAGAACCUAAAAGCACAAAGAAAGAAAUUUUUGAACUCAUGCAAACAGACCUAGAAAUGGUCACUGAAGACCUUGCCCAAAAAGUCAAUAGGCCUUACCUUCGUACACCCCGCCACAAGAUCAUCAAGGCAGCAUGCCUUGUACAGCAGAAGAGACAAGAAUUCCUGGCAUCUGUGGCUCGGGGAGUUGCUCCUGCAGACUCACCAGAAGCUCCAAGGCGCAGCUUUGCUGGUGGAACAUGGGAUUGGGAAUAUUUAGGAUUUGCAUCACCUGAGGAAUAUGCUGAAUUUCAGUAUCGGAGGAGGCACAGACAACAACGCCGUCGAGGAGAUGUGCACAGUCUGCUCAGUAACGCUCCAGACCCUGAUGAGCCGAGUGAAAGCACUUUAGACAUCCCAGAUGGUGGCAGUGGCCGCAGGCCGGGUGCCUCUGUGGUAAGUUCCGCAUCUAUGAGCGUGCUGCACAGCUCUUCCCUACGUGACUACACCCCUGCCAGUCGCUCUGAAAACCAGGACUCUCUUCAGGCUCUGAGUUCCUUGGAUGAAGAUGAUCCCAAUAUACUUCUUGCAAUACAAUUGUCAUUGCAAGAAUCCGGGCUGGCCAUUGAUGAGGAAAAUAGAGACUUCCUCAAUAAUGAAGCAUCCUUAGGAGCGAUAGGCACCUCUUUACCUUCCAGACUAGACUCAGUCCCCAGGAACACAGAUAGCCCUCGGGCUGCACUGAGCAGCUCUGAGCUGUUGGAACUUGGUGACAGCCUCAUGAGAUUAGGAGCAGAGAGUGACCCAUUUUCAACUGACACUCUGAGUUCACACCCUCUCAGUGAGGCGAGAAGUGAAUUCUAUCCCUCAUCCAGUGACCCUGACUCAGCUGGCCAGGAUGCCAACAUCAAUGACAAUCUUCUUGGCAACAUCAUGGCUUGGUUUCAUGACAUGAAUCCUCAGAGUAUCGCCCUGAUUCCUCCAGCAGUUACAGAAAUCAGUGCAGAUCCCCAGCUCCCCUGUGUCAAAGAUGAAUCAGAAGGUAAGAGGGAUGUGGAGCUGGUGCCACCAGAAGAUUCAGUGUUUGAAGAUGCCGCGGUCAGUGAAGGUAGAGGAACCCAAAUAGAAGAAGAAAAUCCUUUGGAAGAAAAUACUCUGGCUGGAGAAGCAGCAUCUCAAGCUGGCAUUAGUAGUAAUGAGGCAGCCAACAAUGGGGAUGGUUCAGAUGCUUCAAGCCAAACACCUCAGACCUCAAGUGACUGGCUUGAACAAGUACAUUUAGUGUGA